CUGAACACUUCCUUUUAAGCCAGGUCUAUGGUUGUCGUUCGAACAUGCAGUUCUCGAGUGAAGUAAUCAUAGGUCUCGUUGUGCUUAUUUUAGGGGUGAUACUUGCCGGGCUUGGAGUCCUUGUCAGCUGCUUCAGUCCCCGUCGAGGUGUCUUCGGUCCUCUUGCACGUAGCGCAAGAUACAAGGCUUCUCGUAUAAAUUUCUUCAUCAAACACUACGGUCUAACUGGAAUAGCGCUCUGGUGCUUCGCUAGUCGGGAGGUAUGGCAGAUCCAGCUGCAGGUCAUACGCAGCACCGAGGAUGGAGAUGUCACAAAUUACAAGAAGUCAGCUCAGGAGGACAGCAACAUCAUAGCAGUGGCUGGAACUAUCAUCGCCCAGAUCGCCAUUACCGCACUCUCAUUGGAUAAACUCAGCAAGACUCAUUGGGUUGCGCGGGCGUUCUUCACUUUCAGUUUGGUCUCAGCCAUCAUGGCCGUCUACUAUGCCACGAGACAAUAUCGCACCCUGGGACGCUGUCUGCGUAUUGAGCAAAUGAAGACCUGGAUCUGCGGCAAGAAUCGUUCCAAGAACAAAACUCCGUGUCGUACUCCUACGACUCCUUCUGAACAUCCCGACCUACCCUCCGUAGCCGCCGUGCUGACAGUCUCUGCUCCUAACAUGCUGAUGUCGGCCUCGCUCAACUGCUUGCUCGUCGGGUUUGCCGUGUAUCUCGGAUUUACCUGGACAGAGAACUUGGACGCGGAGGCUGGAAAAGACGGAAGUCGCGCUGUAUUUAUCACGUACAUUGCAGGACUGAUCUUUUGUUACGGGGUGUACUCGAUCUCAAGCGCGGUCGUCGCUAGUGACAGCCACGUGAGUGAGCAUGACCUGCUCUACGGUAACGACGAUGCAAAUACCCAGCAGCAUAUCAGCAGAGAUGAGGAAAGCGCAGCAGGUGCUAGCAGCCAGCCAGAGAUCAGUACUUUGGUCCACAGAAGCUCGAAUGACCAAAUCCUGGGUCGAGGACAAUCUACCCAGAUCCUUUCAGGGCCGCCGCAGGAUCGUGAUCUGUAUAGCGGAAUCUUUGCACAUGACUCAACUCGUGGGGAAGAGCUAUUACAACUCUUCCAAGAAGCUACGACGCUGCGAAAGGCAAGAGCCGAGUCGGAUGAAAGUUUCGCAUAUCUUUUCGGGAGGCUUCCGUGAGCGGACGUCCGUAUUGCUAGCAACGAUGGGCGGUUGGGAUGAGUUGGUUUGGACAUCUUUUGGCUUUGUCACCCACUUUCAGCAGGCUUCACGAGAACCCUAUAGCAUCAUUUCUGCCUGUCAUUGGUCACUAUGAUGAUAAUGUUUCGGAGUCUGGGUGGGUGAUGCCGGUUCCCAUCCCUUUCGUUGUGGAUGACAAAUGACGUGUGAGGGCGUGGUGGGGUCGGCGUUUGUGCCCCUCCGACAGGGUCUUGGA